AUGGAGAAAGAUUAUGCCUUGCAUGCACCAUAUAAAAAAAAUCUGCUCUCUCUCUACUUGUCUUUCCGCUCUCUCUCUACUUGUCUUUCCGCUCUCUCUCUCUGCUUGUCUUUCUCCGCUCUCUCUCUGCAUGUCUUUCUCCGCUCUCUCUCUCUGCUUGUCUUUCUCCGCUCUCUCUCUCUGCUUGUCUUUCUCCGCUCUCUCUCUCUGCUUGUCUUUCUCCGCUCUCUCUCUCUGCUUGUCUUUCUCCGCUCUCUCUCUCUGCUUGUCUUUCUCCGCUCUCUCUGCUUGUCUUUCUCCGCUCUCUCUCUCUGCUUGUCUUUCUCCGCUCUCUCUCUCUGCUUGUCUUUCUCCGCUCUCUCUGCUUGUCUUUCUCCGCUCUCUCUCUCUGCUUGUCUUUCUCCGCUCUCUCUCUGCUUGUCUUUCUCCGCUCUCUCUCUCUACUUGUCUUUCUCCGCUCUCUCUCUCUCUGUCUUGUCUUCUCUCUACUUGUCUCUCUCUCUCUCUCUCUCUUUCUCUCCGCUCUCUCUCUCUGUCUUGUCUUUCUCCGCUCUCUCUCUCUCUCUCUUGUCUUUCUCCGCUCUCUCUCUCUCUACUUGUCUUUCUCGCUCUCUCUCUCUCUGCUUGUCUUUCUCCUCUCUCUCUCUCUUUGUCUUUCUCUGCUCUCUCUCUCUGUGCCUGUCUUUCUCCGCUCUCUCUCUCUGUGCCUGUCUUUCUCCGCUCUCUCUCUCUGUGCCUGUCUUUCUCCUCUCUCUCUCUCUGUGCCUGUCUUUCUCCUCUCCCUCUCUCUGUGCCUGUCUUUCUCCUCUCUCUCUCUCUCUGUGCCUGUCUUUCUCCUCUCUCUCUCUCUGUGCCUGUCUUUCUCCUCUCUCUCUCUCUCUGUGCCUGUCUUUCUCCUCUCUCUCUCUCUGUGCCUUUCUCCUCUCUCUUCUCUCUUUCUCCUCUCUCUCUGUGCCUGUCUUUCUCCUCUCUCUCUCUCUCUGUGCCUUUUACUCGUCUCUCUCUCUGUGCCUUUUACUCGUCUCUCUCUCUGUGCCUGUCUUUCUCCUCUCUCUCUCUCUGUGCCUGUCUUUCUCCUCUCUCUCUCUCUGUUCCCUCUCUGUGCCUUUCUCCCUCUCUCUCUCUCUGUGCCUGUCUUUCUCCUCUCUCUCUCUCUGUGCCUGUCUUUCUCCUCUCUCUCUCUCUGUGCCUGUCUUUCUCUCUCUCUCUCUCUCUGUCCUUCUCCUCUCUCUCUCUCUCUCUCUCUCUCUCUGUGCCUGUCUUUCUCCUCUCUCUCUCUCUCUCUCUCUGUGCCUGUCUUUCUCCGCUCUCUCUCUCUCUCUGUGCCUGUCUUUCUCCGCUCUCCCUCUCUCUGUGCCUGUCUUUCUCCGCUCUCUCUCUCUCUGCCUGUCUUUCUCCGCUCGCUCUCUCUCUCUCUCUCUGUGCCUGUCUUUCUCUGCUUGCUCUCUCUCUGUGCCUGUUCCCCCCUCUGUCAGUGCCUGUUUUUCCCUCUUUCUCUAUAUCCUCCUAUGUUUCUCCAUGUCUUCCCUCUCUCUCUCUGCUUCUUUUCAGAAAGGCCUCAUUUUCUUUUCAUACUUUCCUUUGUAUAUCUUAAGAUUUUUCAACCUCCUUCUUUUUUUCUUUAACCUAUUUCUUUUCUUUUCUCUCUCUUUUUCUCUUUCACUCUCUUGUUUUUACCCUUUUUGCAUGGCACUCUGUUUUUCUUUGAACUCAUUUCUCUUCUUUCUCCAUAUCUUUAUCUCUCCUUUUGGAUAG